UAUAAAAGAAGGUACUUAUUCAUUACAUGGCUAAUUGUAUAAAGAAAGUAACGUUUUGAUUACCUGAAUAGUAGAGAGAAAAUUAAACAAAAAUAAUGGGAGACUUAAACAAGUGUACUGUGGCGGCAUUGAGAGAAGAGUUGCGAUAUAGAGAAUUACUAACAGAGGGCAAAAAAGCGGUCCUCGUGGAGAGAUUACAAAAAAGUAUUAUCUUAGAGCAGCAGCGAAUCAAUCGACCGGUCCUUGCAGAAUUUCUAAAUGCUGAAUUGUCAGUUGAACAAGUGGAUAGUGCAAAUAAAGGAAAUGCCAAUUUAGUAGAAAGAGGAGAAGAACAACCAACAGAAAACUCGAUACAAAAGCUGGAGUCUGUAAAACGAAAACUCAUUUCUGUGAGAUGUGAAAAGAAAUUGCUGCAACAGAAGCUCGAUUUUCAAAAACGUAAGAAUGAAUCGAUGCAAUCGUGAACUGGACAAAAUUAAGCAGAGUAAUGUGUCUUUGCAAUGUGAGAUCCCAGCCAGCGAACAUUACUUCGACAAGUUCAAGAAAUACGCGUUCUGAAUUUAAUGGAAAAAAAUAUUUGUAAGUAAAGCUGUGGUGUUAUUAUUAAUCUUGCAAUAAAAAAACUGCUAAAACGAAUGUCGAUAUCAUUAGAUCCGAAAUCUGAAAGACCAAGACAUCAUCAGGAUCACGAGAUGAUAUACCCUCUAGAAUACAAUGAGGGAAGCUACAUGCCAAAACGGCAAAGGUCAUCAUAUAACGACAUAUAAUACAAGAAGAACAAUAUUCAUAUUCGUAUA